UUUGCGCUGUGCCGUUACAUGUUUUUUUUUUUUUAAAGAAUAUCUCUUGUGGUCGCGAUGUAGCUAUUCUGGCGCACACACACAAUUUUAACGCCUCAAGAUCGUUUUAACAGUUUACAGUUGGAGUUCUGUUUUUGACAUUCAGACCGCGUGAAAACGAAGCGUUGUCCAAAUUAAUCAUAAACGGAAACCUUUAUCGAAAUUUUGUUGAGCCCACGAACGUAGCCUAAUCCCUCUUACCACCGAUCGCUAGUUUCCUUGAGUCAUUACACUGGAAGCUGUCAACCUCACUGCAAACACUGAUCGGGUUUCUCAAGGAAGGAACUCGCACACCUGUUGGACAGAGACCGGACCAACACUUCUAGACACUAUCCUUGGAACGCUCAUACACUUGGGUCACAUCUGUCACUCUUUAACGGAAAACAGCUGCACUGUUGCAAGGAGAGGACAUGAGGUGAGCUGCUUUGCCCCACCUGUGUUCUGUGAGAGGAAUGGGUGCAGGUGGAAGGAGGCGGGCCCGUUGGGUGUGCGCCUAUGCCUGCCUGGGAGUUCUGCUCCUCGGCCCAUGUGGAGCCCAGCAUGACCCACCCUACUGCUCCACUGGACCCAUACCGCGGGAACUGAACAGAACCCGGUACCAGCUGGGGCCCGACCUGGACUCAGGUGUCAACUUCCUCUCUGCGUUUGUCCAGUCCUUCCUUGGGACUGUGCAGCCAAAUCCUUUCCCUGAAGAACUGCUGCUUCAGCUGGUGAGAGAUGCCAGUGCUGCCAAAAUUCAGGACACGGUCAAAAAGGUGCUGACCUAUGAGGUGGGCUUCCUGGUCUGCGCUGCCAUUGGGAUCCUCUACAUCGUCCUCAUGCCCCUGGUGGGCUUCUUCUUCGCCUGCUGCCGUUGCUGCGGCAACUGCGGGGGCCACAUGUACCAAGAACAGACCCAGUCUGUCCACUGCCGGCGCAGAGGGCUAUACUGGGUGACGCUGGUGGUCACUGUCAUCAUUCUGGCUGGGAACAUUUGCAUGUUUCGGAGCAACCAGUCCAUGGCUGACAGUGUGGAUCGCAGCUUGAUUCAGUCAAACAGCUCACUGGACAACCUUCAGACUUACCUCCAUGCUGUCCCAGAGCAAAUCCACACCGUGGUGAAUGAGAGCGUCCUGACGGUGGACGCAGUCAUAAACAGACUGAACGCUAUCGGGCAGUUUCUUGGCACGGCUAUCCGAGACGCCCUGGUGGGUCCCCUGACCCCGGCGCUGGACUCCGUACGGGAGAUGUCCCGAGUGGUGAACGACACCAGCCGGCUGCUUGCACAGGCGAACGUCUCCCUGCAGAACCUCACGCCAGGGCUGGACGCGCUGCAGUCCGACCUGACCGCCGCCAAGAACAACAUCAGCAAGACCCUGAAGAGCCCGCAGUGUGAGAACUGCCAGCCGCACCUGCAAGAACUGAACAAGGUGGACCUGAGCGGCGACUUCACUGUCCCCCACCUGGCUGAGCUCCAGGCCGCUGUGGACGAGGUCACCAGGGCAGACCUCCAUUCCAAAGUGAAGGAGGGGCAGGAGUUCUUGGACAGCAUUCCGCAGAGGGUGGAGAACGAGACCAGAGGCACAGUACAGAGCGUGAGACAGCAGCUUGAUGACAUCAAGGCGCAGAUUGCCCAGGUAACGCAGGACAUCCCCCUCAACAGCCUGACGGACGUGUCUGCGCAGAUUGAGGAAGUGAGAGGCUACAUUAACCGUUACUCUCCUGAAGCCAAGGCAGUAAAAAGAUACAGCUGGAUUGUGGGUGUGGUUCUGAGCUGUGCCAUCCUGCUGGUGGUGCUGUGUAACAUCAUGGGGCUCCUGCUCGGCCCGGUGGGCCUGAGGCCAAAAGCGGACCCCACCGAACGCUCCGGCACGGCCAACUGCGGCGGCCUUUUCCUCAUGGCGGGUGUGGGAUUCAGUUUUCUCUUCUCCUGGCUCUUCAUGCUGGUGGUGCUUAUCCUCUUCCUGCUGGGGGGGAAUGCCUACACGCUGGUGUGUGAGCCCUGGCAAAGCAAGCAGCUCCUCCAGAUCAUUGACACACCAGGGCUGAUCCCUAGUUUACAGCUCUCUGAGACACUGGGGCUGAAGACCAACCUGACCAUCACUGGAAUCUACAACGACUGCCGGCAGGACAGCUCCCUGUGGAACACACUACACCUGGAGGAGGUCAUCAACCUGAAUGAGUUCCUCAACGUCUCCCAAUACACUGAGGACAUCCAGAAGGCUUUUGAGAAGAACAGCAUCUCCCUCCCCACCAUCACCCUCCUGGACUCGGACGCGCGCACCCAGCUGAAGAAGUUCUCCAGCAUGGCCGGAGAUGUGGACUUCAGCAGUGUCACAGAGCAGAUUAACAAUUUCUCCAGGACAAAUUUGAACACUACUGCAUCCCUUUUGUCUCAGCUUGCGGAAGGACAACAAGAUGCCACGGUGAAGGCGGAGCUGCAGCAGGAGGCGGACGAGCUGAGGAGGAUCCAGGCCGAGCUGGAGGUCAAAAUCUUCCCGCAAGUGUGGGAUCUCAACCUUACCAUUCAGCAUCUGGGUGCCAAGGCUUCGGAAAUGAAUGGAACUGUGGGUAACCUGCUGAGGACAGUGGAUGCUGCCCAAGACUUUGUGAAUGGCAACACUUCGGCGAUAGUGAAAUCCGAAAGUCAAGCAUUCCUGGACUGUCAGAUGACAUACUUCACAGCGUACGCUGACUGGGCGAACAGGACGAUUACUCAGCAGGUGGGGCGUUGCGGGCCAGUGGCUGGGGCUGUGGACGCAGUGGAGAUCAUGGUCUGCUCCUAUGUGGUGGAGUCCGUGAAUGCCUUCUGGUUCAGCCUGGGCUGGUGCAUGAUCUUCCUCAUUCCCAGCAUCAUCCUCUCUGUCAAGCUGGCCAAGUUCUAUAGGAGGAUGAAGCACACAGAUGUUUAUGAGAACCAAAUAAUGAUGAACCAUUUCCCACGGGCGACCCUGAAGCCAUACUGAGAUGGACGAGGAUGAUUACGGAAAGGGUCAAGUCCUGCUCAAAGACCCAAGCAACCCCUGUGAUGGCCCACACAUGAAUAUUCACUGACAAAAAAUGGACUGGAGGGCCAAGGGGCCUUGAAUUUCUUUAUCCAUACACACACACACACACACACACACACACACACACACACACACACACACCCACACACACACACAAACUGAAGAGAAUCUGUCCUUGCCUGCUGGCAGGGAAUGUCCUUCCACUCUCAUUGCUGGCUUCCCAGAAUCCUUGUGGAAGGGACAAGAAAGGCCGACUUCUGUCCCUGUCUGCAUUCUGGGAGCAUUCCAGAGACAUCUUUUGCUGGAGCUAUGGCUCUCCUCUCGUGCUGAGGCUGUGGUACUGAAUGCGUACUCUGUGCCAGACCAGACAUACCCAGAGCCUUUGAGGGGAGCCUGGAGCCAUGGCCACCUUGGUUACCCGUUUCAUUCUGCAGUCGGUCCAUUUCAGCUUUAUUUUUGUAAAAUGUUUAUUUUUUUCUAACUUAAGACUUGAAAUUAUUCGUGACGAUGAUUCUGUGAAAAUGUGUUUUGUACUAUCGCUUAUAAUGAACGGAAUACAUGGAUUAAUUUAAAGGCACUUUAGAUAUAAGCUUUUUUUCAAGGUCCUUCAUUCACACAAUCAGGUAUAUGUGGUCAUUUCAGAGAUUUACAAUGCAAAAAUAGUGAAAUAAAAAUAUUUUGGGCAAUGAA